CUUUCUUCUGGCUGAGCCCUGAAUGUCCAACUCUGGCUGGUGCCGGCCUGCGGAGUCCCCCUUGGUAGAGGGCCGGUUGUAAAGAAUCAUAAAUCCGGGAGGUGCCCAGCAGGGGCGAAGGUCACCAAGGCAGGACCUGCACCAGCCACCGACAGACGCCAGAGAGGCUGGGCCCUUCCGCCAGCGACCGGCACCAAGAUGGGGGCCCUGGCUCUUCUGGGGCCUCCCCUCCUGCUGCCGCUGCUCUUAGCACUGCUGGGCCGAGCCCCAGGAGCGGCUGCCCAGGCUCAGGUCUGCACUGUGAGCCAGUCUUACUUCCAGCUGGAGGAGAACACAAAUAUUACUGGGCCCCUGGCAAAUAUCACUGUCCCACUGGGCCAGCAUGUGGAGCUGAGUGACUUGUCCACCCCCUUGGCAUUUGAAAUCCGAGGAAACCAGCUGUUUCUCAACACAACUCUGGAUUAUGAGGAAACCCCGAUACUGGAGGCGCACAUAAUAUGCAAAAGGGGAAGCUCAGUGGUGACAAACUUCAGGGUGCUAGUGGUGGUGCAAGACGUCAAUGACAACGCGCCAGAGUUCCCCUUUACCUCCAAGGAGUGGAACGUGACUGAGGACACGAAGGUGAAGUCUGUGGUCAUUCCGGAAGCAGAACUGCAGGCCACAGAUAAAGACAAAGAUGACACCUUGUUCUACAGCCUCCUGGAGGUGACCCCGGGUGCCAGCAGCUUCUUCUCCCUGGAGGGGGUGAACCGCCCCUCCCUGAGGCUGGAUAAGCCCUUGGAUUUCCUCAAGACUCGGAACAUGACCUUCCAGCUGAUAGUGCAGGACACUGUGGGGAGCACAGAGCCCAGCCACACAGCCACAGCCACCCUGGUCCUGAGCGUGCUGCCCGCCGACCUCCGGCCCCCCUGGUUCCUGCCCUGCACUUACUCGGAUGGCUACGUCUGCCUGGAGGCCCAGUACCACGGCUCGGUCCCCGUGGGCCACAGGCCGACAUCCCCCCUCACCCUGCGCCCGGGGCCCAUCUACGCGGUGGACGGUGACAGGGGCAUCGACCAGCGCAUUGUCUACAGCAUUGCUGGGGGAAACCAGGAGGACACGUUCGCCAUCAACGACACCUCCGGCAACCUCACCAUGGCCAAGAGUGUCCCCAGCCCCACCGUCUUCGUUUUGAUGGUCAAGGCUGAGCAGGCGGAUGGGGCUCGCUACUCCAUUACCAAGGCCACCCUGGAGGCCCGGGGGACCGCCGGCCACUCCCCGCGCUUCCCCCAGAGUGUGUUCAGGGGCACCGUGGAGGCUGGCUCGGGGGCAAAUGCGACCGUCAGGGACGCGGCCUCCCCCACGCGGUUCCUGAGGAUCUGGGCUGAGGACCCGGAGUUCCCGGACUUCAACUCAGCCAUCAGGUAUCGAAUCACCAACUCUUCGGACUUCACGAUGGAGGGGGAGAUUGUGCUGACCACCAGGGCCCUGCAGCAUGCCAGCGUCUUCUACGCUGAGGUGAAGGCCAACAACACUGUGACUGGGGCCACGGCAACUGCCACAGCUGAGAUCCACGUGACGGAGCAGGAGCCCCCCGCAACCCCCCCCACAGGUACUACUCUGAGGCCUCCUGUCUCAUCCACACCCGGGCUCCCCCCCACUGAGGGACCGAGCAGCUCCCCCCCCUCAGCCACGCCCGGUGGGGGCGCCCAGCCAACAGCCCCCCCCUCAGCCACGCCCGGUGGGGGCUCAGCACAGACGCUGACGCCAGGGAGCGCCCAGACCACGAUGAGCCCCGGCCCCAGCGGGAGCCCCCCAGCCGCAGGUAGAGGCGGCCCCGGGGGUGACGGCCAGCCGGGCGCGGGCCAGCCGGGCGCGGGCCAGCACUUCUCCACGGUGGACAUGGCGGUGCUGGGCGGGGUGCUGGGCGCGCUGCUCCUGCUGGCCCUUAUUGGCCUGGUCAUCCUCCUCCAUAAGCAGUAUGGUCACCGGCUCCACUGUUGCUCUGGCAGAGCUGGGGAGCCCCAGGCCCUGGGCUCUGACAACCAGGCCUUCCUCAAAGAGGACGAGGCUGCCUGGGCACCCAGCCCCAGCCCUGAGCCGCAGCCCACACCCCCGGAGAAGACCCCUGCGUCUCCCGACCCGGAGACCCCUGAGCUGCCCACCCCCGCGCAGCCCAGGCCGGAACCCCUGGGCCUGGCCCCGGGGACCCCCGCACCCGCCGGGGCUGCAGACAGCCCCUCGGCAGCGGUGAGAUCCAUCCUGACCAAGGAGCGGCGGCCCGAGGGUGGCUACAAGGCCGUGUGGUUUGGGGAAGACAUCGGGGCCGAGGCGGAUGUGGUGGUCCUCAACACGCCCGCUGCAGAGGCAGAUGGCCCCGGCAACGCGGGCAGCGAAGACGAGGGCAGCGGCAGCGACGAGGACACCGGCCGCAGGACCCCCCCAGCCGGCAGCCCCGACUCCACCUACAUCUAGCCGGCCCCCCACCCCAGAGCCCCUGUCUACUGUCCUUCCUGGUGCACAAUAAAGAACUGCUUUGGAACCCUGAGUCCAGGACAUCAGGCCCGCUGGGCCGGGAUCCCAACACCUCCAGCUGCUCCUGCUUCCCUCUGAGGGCCUAUGGCCACUGUCCCCUCUCCCCAGCCCCGAGGGUC